AGAUCCAUCGGCUGUUGACCGGAAGUUACGUCGUUUACAUUUUCCAAGAUGGCGGCUGGGAUGUACCUGGAGCAUUAUUUAGACAGUAUAGAAAACUUGCCCUUUGAAUUGCAGAGAAACUUCAAUUUGAUGAGAGAUCUUGAUCAGCGCACAGAAGAUCUGAAAUCACAGAUCGACUCAUUGGCAAAAGAAUACACCUCCAACGCCAGGACUCUUUCCUCUGAACAAAAACUCUCAAUUCUGCGACAAAUUCAACAAUCCUACAGUAAAUGCAAAGAGUUUGGAGAUGACAAGGUGCAGCUGGCGAUGCAGACCUAUGAGAUGGUCGAUAAACACAUCAGGCGCCUGGACACGGACCUCGCUCGAUUUGAGGCCGAUUUAAAAGAAAAGCAGAUUGAGAGCACAGAUUACGAUUCCACUUCAAGCAAAGGAAAGAAAGAAUCCCCAGUCGAAACCACUGCACUAGAGCCAAAAAAUCGUAUUAAAACAAACAUCAAAAAACAAGGUGAUACGAGACAGAAAGAGAAGAAAACGGCUAAAACGAGAUCCAAAGUGAAGAGUUCAGAUGAAGACAGCAGCCCAAAGAGUGCGCAGAAGAAAGUGAAGCUGCUCCAGCCAGGAGAGUUUAACAGUCCUUCCUCCAACUUUGGAAACGUUCACCCGUCUGACGUCCUGGACAUGCCUGUGGACCCUAACGAGCCCACAUACUGCCUGUGCCACCAGGUGUCCUAUGGGGAGAUGAUCGGCUGUGACAACACUGACUGCUCCAUUGAGUGGUUUCAUUUCGCAUGCGUGGGUCUGACCACCAAACCAAGAGGCAAAUGGUAUUGCCCCCGGUGCUCCCAAGACAGAAAGAGAAAGUGAAACUAUCCGGAUGUCUGGACACAUUGAUACGAAACACAUGAAUAAUAUUUCAUCAAUAAUGGUUAGAUUUGUUUUUCUCAUCACUCAUUUUGGUGCUUCUUCCGGUUUAUAUUUUUGGUCAAUAGCAGUGUGUUUGAAGGAACUACAUGGUGGCUACUUUUGUAUUUAUGAUUUUAUAACCAUAGCUAGCUGUUUGAGUAACCUUUUUUUGGUGCUUUAUUUUUUUAUAUUUUGUUUAUUUAGUUAUUAAAACCGUAGUUAGUUGUUUGAGUAAUCUUUUGGUGCUCCUAUUUUUUUUUUUUUACCUUUUGUUUAGGUAUUAAUCAAACACUACAACUGCCCUCGAUGAACUUUAAAACAAUACUGUAGAUUGUCAUCAACUUUUGUCAAAUAUUUCAUUUGUCAUGUAAUAUUUUAAUAUGGUUAGAUUUGUGUGCAUAAUCCUGUUUUUUAUUUUAUUGUAAGGUAGUGAAAAAGAUGGUGCACAAUCGUCACAGUAUUGGUGGAUUAUAGUUUCAUUUGAGCAUUUGACUGAGUGCUGUAACGCCAGAUAUUAUUGAAAAGAACUGUAACUUCUGUAGCUGACAUUGGUACAAAGGGGUUGGGUGAUUGUGUCGAUCAAUCAAUUAAAAUACAGCUACUACCUCAAA